GUUUUUUAAUAAAAAAAAAAAGGUUAAAAACCAAGUUUCUUUUUCUCUCGGCCCAUUUAGCUGCAAACCGAAAAUGAGAGAGAUUAUUCAGAAGCUAAAGGUCACAGCUUCAACAACAUUCCAGAUGGGAACAAUUGAGAUAUGAGCCUAUCCAUCUCCUAUCAAUAGAGGUCUGAAAACGACGUGGACACACGUCAGAGAAAUCUCUACUACAACUCUGAUGACUCAUCAAACCCUAUUUUUCUUACUGCAAGCUCUUUGCAUUUUCUUUUUAUUCUUAUCAGAACCGGUCCAUUUAUGAUUCUCACGAUUACUAUCUCUUAGAGUAGUAACAAAAAGAUUAUCACAAAAGAUAUGUUAAAAUAAGAGAGGGAAAAAGAAAAGACAAAAGAUUACGUAAGCAGUAAGGUACUUAGGUAAGACAGUUACUUAAACACAGGAAGAUAAAACGACAGAACAUGUGAAGAUUCUCAAAACCUGUCGGAAAAGCUAAAGAUGCUGGAAGGGAAAGCAAAGGUGGAAGACACAGAUAUGCCACUGAAGAUGCAAAUGAAAGCAUUGAACAUUGCUUCUCAAUCUCUCGAUCUUUUUGAUGUAUCUGACUGUCAACCUAUUGCUGCUCACAUCAAGAAGGAGUUUGAUGAGAGAUAUGGAAGUGGUUGGCAAUGCGUGGUGGGAUCAAACUUUGGGUGUUUCUUCACACAUUCUAAAGGAACUUUCAUCUAUUUCCAUUUGGGAACCCUCAACUUCCUCAUCUUCAAAGGAGCCACUCUUUAGUUUCUUAAUAAUACCCAUGUUUGUUUUUGUGUAGGAAGCUGUGUUUUUUUUGUUCUCUCUUUUCAUGUUUGUAAAAUAGAUAAUGUUUUUCCAAUAAAUUGUGAGAUCAUAUGUAUCUGUAUAAUAUGAAUUUUGUGAUCAGUCAAGAAAAGUAUAGAACAUGUUAAAAUAAUUUAACAUAGAGUAUGAAAAAUGAACUAAAUUUAGAACUAGCUAAAAUUAUAAUACUUAUAAAUACG